AUGUUCCCCUCUUCGUCGAAAGUAAAACUGUUCGCAGACCUCGGCGAUCGCGCGCGAGUGACUCCGGGAAAAGAAUCCGUCGUGAAGUUGGUCGUCUCUCUCGGGGACGGGUACGAUGCUACUCACCACCGCGGCGACGGCGCCACUGCUGGUGCGCAAAGUCGUUCCGGGGGGCCGCAUCAUCAAUCACCUACUCAAAGAACGAACGAGACCAACGACGACGUUUCCUUCCUCCCGUUCGUGGAAACCAUCGAGGUCGAAUGGCGAGGGAUUGAACGCCUGAACCCGGUUUGGGUGCAACCACCGCGUGGUACCAGUACCAGUAGUAACGCGAUGCAUAACUCGUUGAAAUCGGGCGAACGGUUCAUCGCGCGUUCGCCACCUGGGAGCGUUUUAGAGAACGUGCUCUUGAGGCCGAACGAACGACACGUUUUAAAGUUUACGAUUCAAAUACCGCCUGGGUUACCGCCGACGUACAGAGGUCAGAUUUGUCGGUACUAUUAUUGCGUGAUCUUUUCGUGCAAGUUAAGAGGAGAGAUGGAACCGGUUGUGAUUGAAAUGCCUUUGAAAGUGCACGCCGGGCCAAAGCCGCCGAAAAGCUUGAGCGGGACGCCUCGAUUCGAGGAUUUGAGAAUAAGCGAGAGUUUUAAUAGCAGCGGCAAUCACAGUGUUAGUGGAUCUAAUAAUAAUAACAAUAACAAUAAUAAUAAUAAUAGCAGUAGUAAUCCAGCUGCCAGGAGUGGACCGGUGACGCCUAGAGGUGUUUUGCCGUCUUGGUCGGACAGGUCAUCCGAUACUUGGGGCGACGACGUAGAGUUGCGCCAGGCGACGUUGCAAGGCGGCGACGCAGACGAAAGCUUGAGGGAAAUUCUAGAGAUGUCAAAAAUGCAGAAAUCGCAACAGAGAACGUACGCGAUUACAACAGGGAAUAAGUUUAUUUGUAAGAUAACGCCAGCGAACCCAUUACCGGUGGUUGCCUGCGGGGAGUUGGUCUCGUGCGUAUUUGAUUUUGAAAACACAAAGCCAGAAAGUAUGGAAGCGAUGCCAGUUCAAUCGUAUUCUUGGACUUUGGAAACGGAGGAGAUUGCGUUGAGUAGUAUUGAAGGUGGUGGUAGCAGUAAUAGCAGUAGCAAUAGUAAUGGAGGUGCUGAUUCUUCGAAGUUGCCAGUCUUGCGGAAGAUAUGGGCGGAAGGCUCUGAACGGUGCAUAGAACGCAUUCGUCGAACGUUCUUUUCGGCGUCAGUCCCGUUAGAAGCUCCAGGAUCGUUUCGAACGACGAAAAUGGAGUUGGCUUGGGUGCUUCGAUUUGAGUUUAACGUCGGUAGUGAUAAAGUCGAGUGGAGAUACCCAAUCGAAGUUAUGAGUCGAACGUACGCGAAGAAAAGCCGAGCGAUUUGA